CUACUUGGUGACAGCCCACAGCAUGCCCCACGGCGGCGGCGGCACCACUCACACCAUAGACCUGCUAAACGGAAAACGCGGCACGCAGCAAACGAAAAACGCCGUCAUCAAUCGGUCAGAUCGGUGACUCGUUGGCCGCCCAGACGGCAUCUACAUAAUUUGAAAUUUAGAAGAUUCAUUUUUUUAACUGUCGUACGGACGUGGAUGCUCUGCGUCUGCGUUUUGCGUACAUACUUCGGAUUCGAAAUUCUUCGGAUCUUCGGAAAACCCGAAUUGAAGUUCAUCUCGGCUGCUGAGGAUGGCGUUUCCCACUCUGGAAGAUCUGCAUAAACUGGCAGUUGACGUGGACAGAGCCAAGAGCUAUGACGUACUUCUGCUGCGCAGACUGGAGGAAGCGGCCGAUUGGUUAUUUCCUGAGGCUACUAUGAAUAAGAGCACCGCCCUGGAGAUAGUCCCCGACUUGACUGUAAAACUGCUGCGAUUAAUCGCAAAAUCCAGUAGGGUUAAGGAACUUCGCAAUGAUAGAGACCGACUGGUGAAACUUUUAUGGGACAGUGUGAGGCGUCACUCUGAAAUUCCAGUUCUGAGCAUCACCAAUUUAAUGAACAUCUUCAGGGAGUGCAAUGAAAAACACAUGAGAACGCGCACUUAUCUGCUGGAAGUGAGCAUCAAGUCGCUGCUGUCCUAUGGCUCCAUCAAGCACGAGUGCGAGAAGGCGAAAGAGGCCCUCGACGUACUCAACAUGCUUCUUCAAGGUGCCACCCGUGAGCUGAGGAGCACGCUCAGAGAGCGAUUUCCAAAGGAAACUAAAUCGCUGGUGAACUACUUGAUUAACUGUGGUGACUACUCAGUGCAAGAAGUGGUGGCGGAAACUCUGACGCGUUUGGCUCCUGGUGACGUGAGGGAAAAACUAGUAGAUCGCUGGUUUGGUGACUUCCCUAAGGAAGCUAAGGAGGCGUUCAUCAACUUUGGAAAAGUUCACUUUGAAGUCGAGCUGCAAACAUUCCUGAACCCGAUCAACAGCAAGUUUUGCACGCAGGUGCACCCCUUCGUGUGCAGCAGGCUGGUUUUCAACGGCGACAAGAUGUACAAGAGCGAGUUUCAGGAGAAGCUGUACAUCCAUUUCAGUCUGGGCACCAAGAUGAUUUCUUUCUUGGCCGUGCUGAAGAAGGAGCCCGUGGAUGAGGAGCGGAACCCCCUGAGGCGCAUUGAAAUCAGCGUCUCCAGCGUGAAGGAGGUUGCGUGGAUAGGCACUGCAAAGUAUGAAAUGUACAAGGCGCUGUCCUUCAAAUUCGAAGCUACCCCAGGACAGGAAGUGCAUGUCCUGAUGAUGUUGCGGGAAGUUGAUGACGAUACCAUGAUCUACCUCUUCGGGGACAAACUCAAAUUCAAGAAGGGUGACAUCACGGCUGAAAUGAUGAGGUUGAGCCAGACUCUGUUGGACCAGACCAAGACUCCUAUGUUGACACAACAUGAAGAUCAUGAUGCGUCCCGCUAUAUGAUUAAAGACAGAGCAGACUCCCCUACUUGGACCGAAAACUACUCUCAAAGUUCCAGUUGGUGGGUUCCUUCAGAGCCAUCUGCGCCAACUGAAGAAAAAGUCAAGUCUGUGAAGAGGCAGGCAACGCCGGUGAAUGCCAAGCUGCCGCCGCGAGACCAUUCCCCAGGAAAGUCGACCUACGCUGACUACAUGACUGUUGCCGACUCUGAUGAGACUCUGAACGAAUUUCUUGAGGCGGAAGAGAGCGGCGCAGUGGAAGAGCUUCAGGCCACUCCAGUCGCUGAAAAGGUGGCUCAGAAAGUCGCAGCGACACCUGCUGUUCUUUCCAAGCCCAAAGUCCACUUUGCUGGCCAUACUCCGGCUAAUGUUAAUUCUAAUUUGAUGGCCACUCCAGCGGAGAGUCAGGAGGCUGAAACCAGAUCUGAUAAUGAAACUCCUGCUGUUGUUGCGAGGAGGAUUUCCACUCCAGCGCCUCUGCCAAAGCCCAACAUCAGUGCCGUGAUUCCAACUCCUGCUGCCUCUGGUGCUAUUCCUAAGAGGCAGUCAACUCCGGCUCCAAACAAAGCUGAUGAUCUCUCUGAUGAGGAGGAAAAUGAAAGGCCUGCGAUCAGAAGGAACGCUACCCCUGCUGGCAAGCCAAAGGUUCCUCGACAGAGUUUGAAUGCUCCAUCCGUUGAACCUGCCUCUGAGAUGGAAGAAAUUCCUCUUUCACUGCGAGUGCCCGCCAAGAAGAAGGCGGCCAGCAAGCCCAGGGCAAGAAAGCCUCCAGCCAAGCCGAAGAAGGCUGCACAGCCGAGAACUCGGAAGCCGCCCCUGCGUAACAGGAGUCCCAAAGACGAGUCCAAGUAUUCUAAACUGGACGUGGAAAUCAAAUCUCCGCAGGAGACCGCCAUGGACGUCGACCAGCAGCUGCAUGUCAACGCUCCUGUGAAGAGGAAAGUCCCCCAGAAGGCUAAAGCUGAAGAAGAAGAUCCCUUGAUGGAUAAACGGCUUAAAGUUGCUACCGCUGAACAGCAGAAAACGUACAGCAGGAAGCCUGUGUUCCCCAAGUUCAACGCAGCCGCCUCUUUCCGCAGCCGCGACUCUGUCUUUGACGAGCUCGUCAAUUCAGUUUCAGCGCCUGAUAUCAAACCUGUCCAGUUUGUCACUCCUCAGCGGCCCAAAAGUGAAGAAGUAGCCGAGGUGCCGGCUGAACCCCAGCUGUUUGAAGACAUAGAUUUCAGCGGCGUUGAAGUGAGACAGAGCAGUCUGAACGCAGAGCCAACAUCCGGAGCAAAGAAGAAGAAGCUGAGCGUGCCGAACCAGAACAAACGGCAGACUAAAGGUAGAAAUCCAGCACCCAAACGUCCUGUUCGCACGAGUCAAGUGACUCAUCAUGGAGAUCAAGAAGAAGAGCAGGUCUCAAACAAUGAGAAAGAGUCGUGUGCUAACCAAGAGAGAGGUGCUAGUAAGAAGAAAUUGGAGCCAAGUUUCCUGUCUUCUGAGCAGGUCCAGAUGGAGUUGGAUGAGAGCGACGACGAUGAUGUGGUUGUUUUGGAUCCACCAAAACCAUCUAAGCCCAGAAAUGAGAAGCCGCUGGUCAAGGACGAUGUGGCAAAAGUUGUCCGCACAAAGCGAGUCCGCCAGUCAAAACUGGACAUGGCAGGCGACUACAGGUUUGACGGACUCUUCCGCCCUGAUGACGCGUCUGAUGAGGAUGAGUUUCCUGCUCCAAAUCUUGACUCUCCGGAAGUGGCAGAGGGAGGAAUGACUGCUGACAAAAAGAGCAAGACCCCUCAGGCCAAGAAGCCAGUGUCUGAGGAUUCGUUUGCUUCCAUGUUCAAAAUGUUGAAUCUUGAAAGUGAAGAAGCCAUGGAGCGGGAAAUUGAGGAAAACAGGAAGAAAAUGGUUCGUCGUCUGGAGAACCUGUACGCGACGUACACUCGAGAGGAAACCCCGAAAGAUCUGAGGGUCAAGCUGGUGUUAGAGAUGAGGGCCGAAUUGAAAAAGGCCAUGGAGGAGGAAAAGAAGCGGCAAGAGGAGUAUGACAACGUGAUUUCUCUGGCUACAAACAUUAAAGCCGGCAUGGAGAGCCUCCUGGCGGCACAAGAAGCCUCCCAGGAACCCGACAGAAGAGACAGAGUGCUCAGACUGAAAAAAUUGGGUGCUGACUUGAAGCAAGCGACGACGAGUGCCCUGGCAGAAGACAAGGCGAAAAUUGAGGCUGAGAGGGAGAAGAUCGUCGAAGAGGCUAACACUGGAUUGGCUCAGAUCAUCAAAAACCAAAUGCAGAAAAUUGCCACCCAAAUCCAGAGUGUUUUCACAACAGCCAAGAAGUAGCAAGCGAAACAGAAAACACAGUUCUUGCCAUUUUUCUGUGUUUCUUGCACCGAUUGCUGUAAGACAAAAAACUAAUUGAUUUUUGUGUACCCAGCUUGCAUGUACUGUAACUUUAGUGGGGUCAAAGCUUCGUUUCUCCUAAAAUCGAUUGUUAAUGAACAAAUUUGUUUUGUUGGAAGAUUUUGUUUAAAACCGACAUUGAGCAUGGUUGGUUGUUUAUGUUUAGUGCGCGCAUUUGAAUGUUCUGUAAUUUCUUUGCUAUCGAAAUGCUCUAAAUAAUGAAACAUGAAAGUCAAAUUUAAAAUCUCUUUCAUUUGGCUAUACUGGAUUUGAAUAAAUAUAAUGUUUAUGUUGAUAUUCU